GCUGAGUACAGUUAUGGGGGAGAGGCUGACCUUCACCGACACUAUCACAGCUGUAAGAAGAAUCCAGGUCACAAAUAUUUUAUCCCAGUAGACAAGUUUUGUAUAAAAGAUCUCCCAGAAGGCUACCGUCACAAAGAUAUGAUGGAUUAUAUCCGAACAGAGUCAGAUCUGACAGUUCGUGUGACGGUUCAGUAUGUCAGUGACAUGAGACCAGAGACUCUUCCUGGAAGUGACAGACCGUAUCCAGGUUAUGAUUACAAAGGUCAGCAGAAAAUGACUGUAGGUACUGGAUGGGUUCACUACGUACAGUUCUUCAACUGCCUUGAUGGAGUUACUUGCAAGUGUCAGGAUUGUCAUAAGUCUUCAGUGCCAGAGACCAAAUUUGCCACCAUUAACAUAACAACUGCAACCCAUGUAGUCUUUGAUGAUCUAGAAGGAGCCCACACAACAUGUCACCUGUUCUUCGAUAGUGGAAGUACACCAGACGCCUGUAGUGGAGUCGUCACACUAAUGGGCAUGUCUUCUAGAUACAGUGAAAUCGACACCGACUGGUGUUAUAUGAAGCAUUUCACGCAUGAUCUGGACCUUGCACGUAGACUUGACCGGUCACUGGUGCUAAGAGAUAAAUUAAGACCUGCAAUCUCUGCAAAAAUAUCCAUGAUCAAUGUCUACAGGCGAAGACUGACCUCUGUAGAAAAAAAGCCGUUGUUGUUUAUAGUAUCACACCCCCACGGAUGCAGGAAACACAUUAGCAUAGGUCACUGGACGAGUGUCAACAACAAUAACCCAAAGGUGUUUUCCUUCGAGUACACUACACCAACUUGUCCUGGCUCUAGCGGAGCUCAUGUGUAUAUGCCCUAUGAGUUGUCCCCAGACAGCUUGUGUACCGGAUGGUUUAAUUUUCCUGGCAGCCAUUGCGGGUCUCUUGAUGAGCAGCUAGGAAUCAAUUAUUGUAACGUUGAAAGAGGUGAGUACACUGUACCUGCAUAUGUACUUAUGUUACUGUGUGUGUGUGUGUGUGUGUGUGUGUUAUGA